UUUGGGUUGUCUGACAUGACAUGACACCAUCAUCAACAUCCCAAGACAUUAAAUUGAUAGAGAUGCGUAUAGAAAUCUUAAUUUACAUCCUUAGCCUGUAGUUUCUUUUAUGAUUAUUCUGCACGUGCACUCCGUAAGGUUUUCGCCGCAUGAUAGAACCUUUGCGUUUUCAGGAACUGUGAAUAAUAUUUAUGAAUUUCAGUCACUCACGGGCGUACGCUAGCUAGCGCGGAUAACUAGCUGUGAUGGCUAGUUGUUUUUAUUUAUAAUUGCGAGACGAUGCAAUCGCCUAAAGACCUGUUAUGCAUACGCUGAACACAGAAAAUAUUUGACGGUGGAUUGUCCUGCUGAUUCUGGGAUUGAUAUGACUUCCUAUGUUGACAGACUUCGAUGAAUGGAUCAUCCAUUGCAUGAGUUAGCAAUGCUAUUGGAGGUCAGUGCCAUAAACAUAGGCGACUACGCUACAAGGUUAGCUUGUUAGCUUCAUCCUGUACAUCUACAAAUUGGUUUAUCCCUAGCCAGCAGUAACGAUACACUGCAAGAUGGUUCAAGGCCUCUGCAUCCCGGUGUUUUCCAGUUAACAAGGUGAAGUGACUGUUAUCAUGCCACUUUAAGACCGCGUGACUAUUCUCUGAAGCGGGAAAGUGUCAGAACGGCAGUCAUUGAUUCUUUUCAGUCUGACCACGGUGUCAAGGGAAACAUUCAGCACCACCAAAUCUCCACCAGUGCUCAGCUCUCCCACGGUGCAUCAAGCCAUGUCAUGAUCACAUGCAUAGCCAAAGCACUUCAGAAACAGUCUGGACCGCAACACAGGCCAAAGGACUUACAAUCUGUCCCGUCCGGAAGCCUGCGCUGAGGACCCUUGCUGGCCUCCAGAUGGCUUGAUGCCUGAGAGCAGUUACUGGCAGCUCUGCCCUCCUUCCAAGCCCAGCCUGCAGCAGGGUGUGCUGAGUUCCAGCUUUCCCCCAGGCCCCGGCCCCGUGCCACAGCAGCAGGGUCCCCCGGCCCCCGACCAGCUCCAGAGCGAGGAGGGGGAAGAGCUGCAGUGCGCGCUGGUCCCCAGCACCUCAGUGACGGACCUGUCUUUUCCCGGUGGGCCCCCUCCCCCCCCGCCGCCCCCCAAGCGCCACUGUCGCUCGCUGUCUGUGCCCGAGGACUUGUCCCGGUGCCGCUACACCUGGCGGCCCAGCGCCUCGAAGGUCUGGACGCCCGUGAACCGCCGAUGCCACAGUGGAGGGGGAGCGGGGGGACAGUGCCCGCUUCGUGCCCCCAGCUCGUCACUGACCUCGUCGCUGCACUCCUCGUCCAGCCCCACCUUCUUCAGCCUCGCCCUCUCGCCCGACUCGCCGCUGCCAUGGAACUUCCCCUUCGAGCCCGGUGACGCGGCGGUGGGUGGCGGCAGCGCCUGCUGCUGCUUCUUCCCCUCGCCGUCCUCCUGCUCCUCCUCGCCCUCGCCGCUGCACCCGCCGCCUCCGCCGCAACGACGCUUCUCCCUGUCGCCCGUGCUCAUCCGUGAGGCGGCCGCCCACAUCCGGGAGCACCCGGUGCCUCCGGUCCCUCUCCAGGGCGCUGCCGCCUGCGCCGCUGCUGCCGCCGCCGCCGUUGCCACCGCACAUCACGUCGCACAACAACACCCGGGCGCGGUGCCCGCCUCGCCCUCGUCUGCGUGCAGCACGCCGGCCUCGCUGCGUAGGGCCAUCCCGCCCCAGUUGCCCCGCUGCCACUCCCAGCCCUGCGACCUGCUCCUGCUCAAGCCUGGCCUCAAGCGCAGGAGAGACCCCGACCGGCCAUGCGCCCGGCCAGUGCUGGACUUUGCUAAGAUGACCCAGACGCGUAGCUCGGACUUGAGCUGUCUGGAGCGCGGGAGGCUGGUGUGCGGAGGGGACGUGUGCAUGGGUCUGGAGCCGUUUCUGGGAGACUUCAGAGGCUUGUACUCUCCAUCUGAGGGCCUCGGAAGGACAAGUAUCGGGCCACUUAGUGAAAGUGACGAGGAGGAGGAGGAGGAGGAGGGGGAGGACGUGGACGCUGAUCACGAAGGAGGACCUCAAAGUGUUUUUGAAAGGGAUUGCACAGAACUGGACAUCUCCUUGAUUGAGGAAAAUUGAUUUAAAAAAAAGAAAAGAAAAAGAAAAAAAAACAUUACAUAAAACGAGAACAUCUCCAACUCCCCACCCUUCAUAGCCAGCAUUCAACCCUUCAAAUCCCUGUGUGAACCCUGCACAGGGACAGGUCUCUCAGGAACACAAACACUCAAUGACAAUGAUCUCUUUUGACUACUGUCAAUAAAAAACCAGGUAACACAGGUAGCCAUGGACGCUGACUCCCCAUCAUAGUACAUUCCAAAACCAAUUGCUGAGACAUUCUUUCAAUUGCUGAAGACAUUCUCGUGAAAAAAAAACAAACAAACAAACAAAAACAAAACAAAAACAAAAAAACUACUCAUAAUCCUGGACACCCCCCAGAUGUUCCCCUAAUGUUUUUGGAUGUCUUCUUAAUCCACCCCCUCUCUCCCACCCCCGCCAAGAUUGACUUGGAUAGAAUAUGUGGAGAACAAGUCUUUGACGUCUUGCUUUCUUUCUUUUUAAAACCUUUCUUCGAGUUUUUCAGUAGUACAGUAGAGUUUCUUGGAUGACGGUGAUGAUGAGUUUCGGUGUUUGUUCAGUUGAAUUCAAAAGGGCAGUGUGGUAUUGCAGGCUCCUCUGCAAUCCUUUCUAUUUUCUGGUGAAAUGAGUGAUCCAGCAUAAGCCUUAAAAUUCCAGUCUCUCUUUCUGUCUCUGGCUCUCUCUCUAUCUGUCUUGCUCUUAAAAUACUACUAGGAAAUGAAUUGUGUAGCUGUUGUCCUUUUACUGUUUCUUUUCAACUGUUUUUUCUUAAUAUUUCUACUCUAUAUAACUAAUUCUCUGAAAAAUAGAGAUAUGUAGAUAUUAAUAAUGAAUGCACUGUGUUAAAAAGUCUAACAACAACAAAAAAGUGUCAGCAACCACUGUAUUCUGAGGGCACAUUGUAAUUGUAUUGUACAGCAACCAUUUGUCUAAAACAAGUUGUGUAAAGAUGUUAGCUUGAAGACUGGGACAGGUCAUUACUCUCUCCUAGAUAUUAUUAUUAUUAUUAUUAUUAUUAUUAUUAUUAUUAUUACAACAACUUUGUGUUAUCGGAUAUUGGAUGGUUUGAAAUUCCAGGCUCAGUUUGUGUACAAUAAAGUUUGUGAGGAUUAUUUUACAACAAACCCAUCACAGAAGAUGUGUUAUUUAUUUGUUUAUUAUUUAUUAAAUUCUGCGAUUUCAAACUGUGGUGUGUGUAAUAAGCACCUAAUAAACAGAAAGGGUUUGAGCUAGUGCUGCCAGUGUUGUCAACUGGUUAGUGGAUAAAUGGGAUUAGAAUAACAUGAUCCUGACUUGAGGAAAGUUUUUUUUUUCUCUUUUUUUUUUUUUCUAAGAAUGUCAUGAAUCAGUUCAAAAUUCUGUCAAGAGAAUGUCCCCCCUGCUGUUAUUGUUUUUUUUUUUUUUUUUACUCUCAAUUUAAAAAGUGCUCUCCCAUUAAGGACACUUAACUGCAUUCUCUGUGUCAAAAACUUUUGAAUUUUUCUCUGAAGUCUUACCUGAGGGGUUGAUCCAUGAAGCUCACCGUCACCCAAGCCAACAAACAAACUAAGGACGUGCAUGUUAAUCCGAGUGGUAGCUUCAAUAAGAGAGUGGUUGUCAUUGCCUUGAAGUGAAAAACAUGGGAGAUCAUUUUCUCAAAAUGGAGAAAUAAACAUGUAAAAAGUU